AUGACCAACACUCAUCCUAGGCACGGCGAUUUCGAAUACGAGCUUUCAAUUGCGCUGAGUAUUCAAAGGGCCGAGAUUGAUAUAUUGGUGCCUUGUGCCACGGUACGGUCGACCAAGGCCAGAAAAGCUGUCGAUGGCGGAUCGAGAGGAACGUUCUACCAUGAACAUCCAAUAAUUAAACGUGUGAUGAGGAAGUAUGCAGACGGCCGGUCCAUCAGAGAAUGGCAUCGGAAGCUCUACGCGCAACCUCAUUGCAACAUGUCUAAAUCUGCUUUGCAACCUGCUACUAGUCGGUCCAAGAUUGCUUCCGUGCUUAGCAAGUUAGCACCGAAGUCCCGAAACCAAGCUUCAAAAACCUUGGCACCUAAAACUGAGGUCAACCAACAGUCCUCCUGGGCUAAAACCGAACUGGAUGUAACCUCCAUCCUAGGACACCCGAUGUCCUCCACCUUAAGAAUUUUCAAUGCCCAAAGAUCAAACAAGGCACCUAUCAGGGAACCCGCCGGCUUUCCGAUCAACCAAAACUUCUCACAGCGGAUUAUAUAUGAAUUUGCCGAUGAUGAGGCAAAUGAAGCGAUAUUCUUGACUCCUUACAUGAGGCCCAGCCAUGUUUUUCAACCCUUGGCAUCAUCACCCAAGGAAGAAGAACAUGUCACCCCCAAGGAUUCCACCACCAAUGAACGCGAUAUGCCAAGUUUCCUCUUGGGCCGUACUAUCCGGGGGUUCUCAACUUGGCGUCAAUCUAGCAAGCGAGUGGAAGUCAAAGAAAACUUACCAGUCAAAGAGGUGAUGCCGAGGUCGCAUUCAGAUGUUUCACGUGUUGAGUGCCCAUCCAUGGACUUGCCUACGAAAGAAACGCCCACAGAAGUCAAGGCCUGCUCUCCCCAUACGCCAUACUCCUACAAAUCAACCAGUCAAAACUUCAACCUGAUAACUCCUGGGUUGUCACACUCUUCCAAAACGCCGUCAACUGUCGCAGGUAUCCUGACUCCUGCCGAUUCCGCUAGGGUCGCUUUGCAAGACGAUACGUACUUUCCAAUUCCCAACGCACACUCAUUCAUCCCUUUCCCGACCAGUCCAAGUCCUGUACCUACCUCCAGUAACAUGCCAGCAAACAAUCCACUUCUUCCGGACCAGGUUGGAAGUGUUUCACGAUCAUCAUCUUAUGAAGUUCAACCUAGUAAAGGUUAUCGUCCACUAGGAUCAGAAAUGAUGGAGACAUUAGCUUUCCUAUCACGAUUAUGUGCAAGGCCCGAAGUGUUAGCAGGUGACGGAGAAAGUAUACUCGAUGGAGAAAAUGAUGAUGAUGAUUCGAUGGCUCCAUUCUAUCACGCAUUAUAA